AAGAAACUCUGCCUGCCAAACACACCAAAACACGUCAAACAUUGACUCACGCGGGGAACGGCUCUGCGACGCGCAUCCCAUGUCCGCAGCAACCGACGCCAUGUUCGCCCCGCCCGUCAACCGCGCCAUGAAGGUGCUGGACCGCAGCUUCUUCCAGAGAACCAUUCCCACCUCCGCCGCGCGCAUAUUCAACCCCAAGGAUAUUUCGCGAUGUCGGAACGACUUGGACAAGAGUCGCGAUGCUCUAAAAAACCGAUUAAUGCCCAUACGGCCGGAUCCCGACGAGCAGCGCGCGCAAAAGGGCGGGAAGUGCCUGCUCCUGCGCCCAGAAGUAAUCCACAACGAUCGCAACACAUGGAGCCCUAAGCUGCAGGAGCUCGAGAGCAAUGGCACCGUCGGCGUAAUACCGUACCAGCUACAUCUCGACUACGAUUACUUUACCUACUCCGAGAUCACCUCCGCCAUCAUCCCACCGCCGGAGAAGAAGAACGACGAUGAGCUGCCCACGGGCUUCACGCUCGCCGGACACAUCGCACAUCUCAACCUGCGCGAGCGAUACUGGCCGUACAAGUACCUGAUCGCGACGGUGCUCGCGGAUAAAAAUCCCAUAGUGCGCACGGUAAUCAACAAGCUGGACAAUGUGGGCACGGAGAACGCAUACCGCACAUUCCAAUACGAAGUGCUCCACGGUCCGGAUGACAUGAACGUGUCGGUACACGAGCAGGGCUGCACAUUCAACUUCGACUUCUCAAAGGUGUACUGGAACACGCGGCUACACACCGAGCACGAGCGGCUCUGCUCCAUCUUCAACGAGGGAGAAGCAAUUUGCGACGUCAUGGCGGGCGUAGGACCCUUCGCCAUCCCCGCAGGAAAAAAGAAGUGCUUCGUCUACGCCAACGACCUGAACCCCGACAGCCACGCCUCGCUCGUCUCGAACAUCAAAACGAACAAAGUAGGCGACUACGUCCGCCCGUUCAACACCGACGGCCACGACUUCAUCCGCAGCGCGACCGCCGACCUGCUCAGAGCAUCGCACUCCGUCCCGAUAUUCCCCAAGCCCAAGAAGAUCUCUCGCAGCGAUCCAAACUACGCGAAGCCCGAACCCAUCAGGACCCUCAUCCAGCCUCGCGUCUUCGCUCACUACGUCAUGAAUCUCCCCGCAUCGGCGAUAACCUUCCUCCCCUCCUUCAUCGCCCUAUAUUCCAAUAUCCCGGAUCUCCCCGCAUCCGAGAUCCGCACGCUCUUCGCGCCGCAUACCGAUGUGCAGAUGCCGAUGGUGCACGUGUACUGCUUCAGCACCAAGAGCGACGACAAUGUCGCCGAGAGUAAGAGCAUUUGUGAGGAGAUCAGCAGGCAGCUAGGAUGCGAGAUCACGCCGGAGACGCCGGAGGUGCGGAUAUGGGAUGUGCGGGAUGUGGCACCCAAGAAGAGGAUGUUUUGUGCGAGUUUUAGGCUGCCGGAGGAGGUGGCGUUUAGGGAGGUUUGA